AUGCAGGACAGAGACUCCACCAUGUGUAGGUCCCAGUUAGAUGCAGGACAGAGACUCCACAGAGACUCAAUCUUGUUGUUUUUUGUUGUUGCAGGUGAAGUCCCCACGUGUCCGGGCAAUGACUUCACAUGUGAAAACAGCCGCUGUAUCAACAAGGAAUGGCUGUGUGAUGGUGACAAUGACUGCGGUGAUGACAGCGAUGAACUUGGAUGUCCUCCACGGAACUGCACGACUGAUGAGUUCCGGUGCCGGAACACAAACUGCAUCCCGAAGGAGUGGAAGUGUGACGGAGACGAUGACUGUGGGGACUUGUCAGAUGAAAACUGUCAGAAGCGUCAGUGUAAACCAGAUGAGUUUCAGUGUGGGGACGGAACAUGCAUCAUGAAAUCCUGGCUGUGUGACAAAGACAUUGAUUGCGGGGACAGUUCAGAUGAGAGUAGUUGUGAGCAAUACAAGCUGCGCUGUCGGAAGGAUGAGUUCCGAUGUACGAGGAACGAGUACUGCAUUCUCAAGGUGUACCAGUGUGAUGGCGAGGACGACUGCGGAGACUGGGAGGAUGAACUCCAGUGUGGCACAAACUACUGCAACUCGGGGGAGUUCAACUGCACGAAUGGCGUAUGUAUCCAUGACAACUGGCGCUGUGAUGGAGACUGGGAUUGUGAAGAUGGUUCUGAUGAACACAACUGCACCAAAGUGACAACAGCUUUGGGCAAGUGUAAGAAAGAUCAGUUCAGCUGCAGCAACGGCCCCUGCAUCAACAAAACACAGCGCUGUGACGGCAACAUUGACUGCUCUGACAACAGCGAUGAGGAACACUGCAAAGUGAAGCAGUGCAGUCAAGGACAGUUCCGGUGUCAGAACAACAAGUGUAUCGGCCUCCAGAAGGUCUGCAAUGGCAUCGACGAGUGUCAGGACAACUCGGAUGAACAGAACUGUAGCUUGCCGAUAUCAUGUGGCAGUAACCAAGGCAACUGUUCCCACAUGUGCGUGCAGACAAGUAUCGGGGCCAAGUGCACCUGUCCAGUGGGUUACCAGCUGGCCAAAGACAAGAGAACCUGUGAAGACUUUGACGAGUGUGGGUUUGAUGGAACCUGCAGUCAGAUGUGUGAGAAUACACGGGGCUCGUACAAGUGUUCCUGUGUCAGCGGCUACCGACUCAAGCCCGACGGCCGUGGCUGCAAGGCGCUAGGGGGAGAGGCGUAUCUGAUAUUUGCCAACCGUGUGGACAUCCGAAGAGUGACGACUGACCGGUCCGAGUACACGUCCAUCCUGGAUGGGCUGCGGAAUGCUAUUGCCCUGGACUUCCACCAUGAGAAGGGGCUGGUCUUCUGGUCGGACAUCACCCUGGACAAGAUCAAGCGGGCUUACCUCAAUGGCAGCAAGAUCAAGGAAAUUGUAGCAGACGGCUUGGAGAGUCCAAGUGGACUUGCAGUAGACUGGGUGCACAACAUGCUGUUCUGGACUGAUGCCGGCACAUCACGUAUUGAGGUCGCCGACCUGGAUGGCAACCAUCGUAAAGUCCUUAUUUGGGAGAACCUAGAGAAACCACGCGCCAUCGCAGCCCAUCCCAAACGAGGGGCCAUCUUCUGGACCGACUGGGGAAGCACGCCUAAGAUCGAGCGCGCCAGUAUGGACGGCAGUGAGAGGAUGCUGCUAGCCAACACGUCGCUGUUCUGGCCCAACGGCCUGACAGUCGACUACGCUGCUGAGCGCAUCUAUUGGGCCGAUGCCAAGCACCACGUCAUCGAGUGCUCCGACCUCGUAGGCAAGAACAGGCGGACGGUCAUCAGUGAAGGUCUGCCCCAUCCAUUCGCUCUGACGAUGUUUGAGGAUGAGCUCUACUGGACAGACUGGCACACAAAGAGCAUCAACAAGGCCAAUAAGUUCAACGGCAAUGAAGUGGAGACAAUCCGGAACCGCCUCCAUUACCCGAUGGACAUCCACACCUUCCACCCUCAGAGACAGCCACCGACCCGGAACCACUGUCGAAACAACAAUGGCCGCUGCAGCCAUCUGUGCCUCCCGAAUGAGAAGAGCUUCUCGUGUGCGUGUCCUACCGGGCUGCAGCUGCAGGCGGACAGGAAGAAGUGCAGCAAGAACAUUGACUCAUUCCUGCUGUUCUCAACCCAGUCCGACAUCCGCCGCGUGACUCUGGACACACCCGACCUGACCGAUGUCGUCAUCCCACUCUCGGGCAUCUCACGUGCGGUGGGUGUGGAGUGGGACAGUGAGACCGACUCCAUCUUCUGGUCGGAUGUCGGCUCAGAUGUAAUUGGGCGUGCUCGGUGGGACGGGACAGGAGACGAGCACAUCGUGGGGUCGAGCCUGGACAGUCCGGCUGGUCUGGCUCUGGAUUGGGUAGCCAGGAAGAUCUACUGGACAGACGCUGGGAAUGACCGGAUCGAAGUUGCCAACCUAGACGGCUCUAUGAGAACUGUUUUACUGUGGGAGAACUUCGACCAUCCUAGGGACAUUGUCGUGGAUCCCAGGGCAGGGUUCAUGUACUGGACGGACUGGGGCAAGAAGCCGAAGAUUGAGCGGUCAGGGAUGGAUGGUAGCGGGCGCAUCAUCCUCAUCAACAAGAACCUCACCUGGCCAAAUGGUCUGGCUAUCGACUAUGAAAAGAGUAGGUUGUACUGGACGGAUGCAGGAGAGAAAACUAUCGAGUCCUGUACACUACACGGAGCUGAGAGGAAGAGUGUGAUUGCCCUCGGCCUACACCACCCUUUCGGCCUGGCACAAGGGUCCCUCAUGUACUGGACGGACUGGGAAACACAGAGCAUCCACUUCGCCAACAAGUUCACGGGGUCAGAGAGGGGCAUCCUCAUGAGAGAUCUUGGCCAUCUGAUGGACAUCCAUGUCUUCCACAGGUCACGGGAUGAAGUCCACACCAUGUGCAGCACCAACAACGGCGGCUGCAGUCAUCUGUGUCUGGUGGCACCACUACCUCGAGGUCACGCAUGUGCCUGCCCCACAGGAAUACUCCUGAAGGACGAUCAGAAAACGUGUGCUGCAGAGAUGACCGACUUCCUCAUCUUCACUCGUCGCACCGACAUCCGCAAGAUCUCGCUGGACGUUGACUACUACGCUGAUGUUGUGAUACCUGUUGGAGAGCUGAAGAAUGCCAUUGCCAUCGAUGUAGACGGUGUUGAAGGUAAGAUGUACUGGACCGACACCGUGCUGGACCACAUUGCCCGGUCCAACCUGGACGGGUCUGGGUAUGAAGUUGUAAUCAGCCAGGGCCUCCACACAGCAGAUGGACUUGCUGUUGAUGCCGUUGGGGGAAAGAUCUACUGGACUGAUGAUGGCCGCAACCGCAUCGGAGUGGCCACUCUGAACGGCAAGAUGAGGAAAGUGUUGAUCUGGGACGACCUGGACAAGCCCCGAGCUAUAGCUCUACAUUAUGAUGCUGGGUACAUGUAUUGGACAGACUGGGGCAAGAUUCCUCGGAUCGAACGUGCUGACAUGGAUGGCAACAACCGUCAUCUCAUCAUUGGGGAGAACUUGGCCUGGCCCAAUGGCCUGGUGAUUGACAUCCCAACAUCUCGCAUCAUCUGGGCAGAUGCUCGAACUGAGCUGAUUGAGUGCUCCGACCUGAACGGCCACCGGCGACGAAAGCUUGUGGACCACGUGGCCCACCCCUAUGGCCUGACGGUGGCCGGCAACUAUGUGUACUGGACAGACUGGCAGGCCACCGCGGUGCACAAGGCUAACAAGAACACUGGCUCCAACCCAACCAAGAUCAGGGAGAAUCUGCCCGGGAUCAUGGACAUGCAUGCUGUGCAGGUCAACAGACAAGAGACUCACGUGAACCGGUGCGGAGACAAGAAUGGAGGGUGUUCCCACCUGUGCCUGCCACGCCCCAAGGGGAUCACGUGUGCCUGUCCCUCGGGGCUCCUGCUGAAGGAAGAUGGACUGACAUGUGAAGAUUUUCCCAAGACAUAUCUCCUGUUUGCAAGUCGCGGCAGCAUCCGUCGCAUCUCAUUGGACAGCUACGACCACACAGACGUCUACCUCCCCAUCCCCGACCUACACAACGUUGUCGCCAUCGACUUUGACUUCAAGGAGAAGAAGGUGUUCUACUCAGACGUCUACCUUGACGUCAUCAGACAAGCAAACCUCAACGGCAGUGCAACCAAGAAUGUGGUUGAGAAGCAGUUGUCAACAACUGACGGCCUGGCAGUAGAUUGGAUUGGCAGGAACAUCUACUGGACUGACACCGGCCGUGACGUCAUCGAGGUAGCCAAACUGGAUGGCUCCUGCAGGAAAACUCUCAUCUCAGCUCGGCUGGACGAACCCAGGGCCAUUGCACUCUUCCCUAAGAAAGGAUUGAUGUUUUGGACUGACUGGGGAGCACAGCCAAAGAUCGAGCGAGCGUAUCUGGAUGGCGCACAGAGGAAAGUCAUUGUCCACAGCAACCUUGGCUUCCCCAAUGGUCUGUCGGUGGACUACGAUGCCAAACGCUUGUACUGGGUGGAUGCAAAGUUUGACAAGAUUGAGACCUCUGAUUUCAAUGGCAAGAACCGAGCAACUCUGUUGGAGAAGAUACCUCAUCCAUUUGGCCUCACAGUGUAUCAAGACUACAUCUACUGGUCUGACUGGCAGACAGAGAACAUCGAGCGAGCCAGCAAACAUGACGGCAAGGACCGCACAAUCAUACAGAGUCGCCUCGAGGGGCUGAUGGACAUCCACAUGGUGGCACCAGAGAGACAGACAGGUUCCAAUGGCUGCAGCCAGAAUGGGGGCUGCACUCACCUGUGUCUGGCCCGACCUGAUGGCUACGUGUGUGAGUGUCCAAACAUCCCUGAUGGCCAUCCCUGUAUGGCAGUUCCAAGAGCGGCCAACCUUCCUCACAACCCAGACAUCCCAAGUAUUGACAUCAACUCCCACAUGGAGCCAAACGAAGAAUGUACGGAUGAGGAUUCCGAGACCGGACUCUGCAGCAAGGACACACUGGCAGUGUCCAGCCAUGCUCAGAGGAUCAGCACAGCAUACAUCGUCCUUGGCAUCAUCACGGUCAUCGUCCUCAUUGGCUUUAUUGUGUUUUUUGUUCUGUGGAAAAGACAAAAGCGUCGUCAGUACAAUGUGGAAGAGUUUACGACAUUGACCUACGCCAACCCAACGUAUCAAAAAGCCAGUUCUGAGACCAUCAAUUCCGAUCACAGCCGGUCUGUGAGACCCUGGCAGAGGUUCCGAUAUCAUAAACGAGAUGAGCGGCUCAGCAUGGUUCCGGUGGACAGCGACAAGCUGAACAACAUGGAGCGUGCCGCCCUCGUACAACAGAUGGAGACCAGCAACUCUCCGCAGGGCGACGCUUCAGAAGAUUCCUCCAUCACUAAAAAUAUCUUUAAAAAUAAUACAAAAUAUACAACUGAAACAUCCAAACUGAAUAUCCCGUAUAAACCUGUGGACACGUGAGUGAGUGCUCCCAGCCUGUGAUACAAUGGUGCAAGCUAAUUGUGGGAGUACCCAUCCAAAGAGAAACUUAUGAGAAGUCCCACCAAACCAAGUGCUGAUCUGACUCGAGUGGAUGUGAUUCUGUGUUCAAUUGAUAAUAUAUUCCAUACAACUGAUUAUGUCUGUACCACAGACUUGAAACUAUUUCCCAUACAACUGGUGUCACUAUGGAUGUAUUUCUUUGUGGAUCUGAUUGUGUGAUUAUCUGUGGAUACACCUGAACCUCCCAAUGACCAGAGGAUAUAUUCCAUACAACUGAUUAUGAGAAUACCUCAAAAUGACAGUGUUAUCCACAAAACUUAUGUGACAGUGGUUACUGACAGAUUUCAAGUGAAUAUUGUGUUGAAUGCUUGUGAGAAUGUGCUCUGUGAGUAACUCAAGACGUAUAUGAUUAAGUCAAGUUUUGUGAUAGUCUUCUCCUGCUGGGAACAUCUGUCUGCUAAGUGUUGUAUUCAUGUUCCCUGUGGCUGUUCCCUGACUCAAGUGUGACAACGUGCUUCCAAACAGGCCACAGACAGGAACUGCUUCAACAUGACACACAGACAAUCCAGAGACUGAGCUGUAGUCAUCUGUAUCUCACCUGUAACAACUGACAAGCCCCAGUAAUGGUUUCUCAAUCAGUCUUAUAUAGGGUGCAAAUCUGCAAAUCUAAUCCUUCAAAUUGAAUAACUGCUAUUACAAAUUUACAUAUUUUUAUCUGGAUGGAAUUUGGACAAAUAUUGGUAAAUGUAUCAACCAGUAUCUAUUUUGGAUCUGUCGUUUCUGAAAGGUGUAUUUUUGGGCCUGCAGACUGGGCCGACUUGUAUUACUUCAUGGUUGUGUUGGAACAUAUCAUUGUAGUGUCAUACCUCACUGUAGCUGUCGUAGCCCGACUGGAAUCACUGCCCAAUACUCAAGUAUUGAUUUAUCUCAAGAUGUUCUGCAGUCUCCAGGAUGUCACUAGGCUGAAACCUGGCAUCCUUGUGUAUCACUGACUGAUAAUAUGGCAGAGUUCAUGGCGGUGAACAAAGUGUAUCUCCCAGCCCACGCUGUGAAUCUACUACUUACAUACAACUCACAGUGUAUACUUAUUUUAUCAUGCUAAUGAUCGUGUAUAACUCUUGUGCCAAAUGUAGUCGUCAUGCAUCUUCUAGCCUUAUGUACCAGGAAAUGGCAUGGGAUAAGUAAGGUUUUGUUUCAGGGAUAAUGAUUAUCUAUGCUACGAGGAUGGUUUUUGUCAUGACUAUUGACUGGACAGUUGUGACUUGCUAUGGGUUUUUUAUCACUAUAGAUUUUAAGCUCAACUCAGUAUGUUAAAACAUUACAGAUUCUGUACCAACAUGAAUAAUUUUAACAAGAUGAUUGUCAGGUAUUUUAGCCGAGAUAUAUCUGUAUAUACUCACCAGGAAACAAUGGGAACAUAAAGGACAACAGCAGUAAUAGUGUACACCUGCAGAGAGAGAUAAUGACUUGUUUGAAUUGAUAGUUUGAAUACUGGUUAAUUUACAAAUCAACCUCAGGUCAUCUCUGUACUGUAUGGUCAAGAUUUCUGGCCUGAGGUCAACAUCAAUGCAUUAUAUUCACAGGCAACUGUCAGGAAAUAUCAUUGUGGAUUUUUGUCUCCAAGUACUUUUAGAUGUUAUUUUAUACAUAUAUUAUGACAAGCACCUAUGUUUUAUGCAACACAUGACUCUAUGACAUGACCACUAGUUUGUACGAAGACUUGAAGCUGUUCUCAGUACAAAAUGUGUCUGCUGUCUAGUGGCCUGAUGAAGGGUUAUCUCCCUUAUACUGUACAGAUAACUAGUGUAGAGAUAGCAGAGUUAUUUUGCUGUACGAAAUGAUGAUCUAAUUUUCUAAUUCAUCAAUCUUGGAUGCUGCUGCUUGAACGUAUGACAACGGAAACAAGACUGACAUUGAUCUCUGCUCAAAGCUGAAUGUUGGUUUGCUGAUCACACGUGACUGCCUUGACUUGCCGAUCAUAAUGUCUCUGAUUUUAACCAAUCAUAACCCACACCUCAGUCAUGUGAUCAUAAGCUGCAGUGUGAUUGGCUGCUGUAGUAAUCACAUGAUCUAAUGAUAUUCUUGGAUCUCUGAGCCAUGCUGGUAGUUUGUGCUGAUCUUGAGUUGUACAUUGUGUAUAUCGGCUGUCUGGAACUUGUACAUUGUGUAUAUCGGCUGUCUGGAACUUGUAUAGUGUGUAUAUCGGCCUCCAGGAUCGUGUAAAUGUAUCUAUUGGCUGUACUCAUGUACAUGUAUUACACAUAGU